AUGAACAACUAUACAGUUAUCAAAAAUCAACCAGCACUAGCAGCACGACCAUUAUCCUGGUGGAGUACUUUCGGUUUUCCUGCUCAAUUAGAUGAAAAUAAACAGUACAAGCGGAUAAUGGGCUACGUUAGUUGCUUCAAAUGUUAUCAAACAUUUGUUUAUUCUUCUAAAAGUGGAACAACACGUUUAAGAGAACAUCAAAAUAAAUGUAUUAGACCCAUGCCUUUAUCAUCUAUUAUAACGAUUGAUGAAUCCAAUACUUCAUCAUCAUCAUCUACAAAUAUCGAUGAAUCCAACACAUCAUUAUCUUCUACAUUAAAUGAUCAAUCCAGUAAUACAUCAUCAGCACAAUCUACUCUUUCACAGUAUGGAUUUAAAAAAGUAUUAAAAUUAAAUGAGAAAGAUGUUGAUCAUAUAAAGAAGUUGUGUGCCCAAUGGGUUUGUAAAGAUCUUCGUCCUUUUUCAGUAUUAGAUGAUACUGGUUUUCGUGCUGUAGCUCAAGAAUUAAUUCGUAUUGGACGCAAAUAUGGUGUAAUUGAUGCCGGUGAAGUUUUAAGAAGUCGUCAUACAGCAGCACGCACUAUUUACAGUGUAGCUGAUGUAUGUAGAGAAAAGAUAAAACAAAAAUUAAUUGAACCACUUAAGCAACGUGCUGUCACAAUAUGUCCAGAUUUUUGGACGGAUAAAUAUAAAAAUAUAUCGUAUUUAGGAUUACAUCUUACGUAUGUCGAUGCUUAUCAUCAAUUUUUUUCAAUUGAUCUAUUUUGUCGACCAUAUUUUGGUAUUAAAUCAGGUGAUUUAAUUGUUAAAGAUCUUGAAACACAUUUACGACAAUUUGGCAUCGAUGAUUUAGCUAUGGUCAAUAUUUUGUCAGAUAGAGGCUCCAACUUCGUCAAAGGUUUUCGUCCCUAUAGUCCAAUGUUCUGUUUUGGUCAUAGGCUUAACAAUGUUCUUAAAACGUCAUUUUUUCAACAUGAAAAAAGGAAGAAGAACACAACGUUAGUCUCAACGACUAAUGUUUCAAGUUUAUCAAACAGUAUUACUAUACCACAAGGAAACAAAAUUGCUGCAACAAGUUUAGUUGAAAUUGCAUCUAGUGAAGAAGAAUCUGAAAUCGAUGAUGAAGAUAUAUUACCAUCGAUUUCGAUAGUACGAAGGAAAAAAAUAUCUGGUCAAAAAUCAACAAAUAAUGAAGAAAAAUCAUUGCGAAAAAUAUCCAGUGAAGAUAUUCCUGAUUCAGCAAAACAAAUUCUUUUCACGAUAUCCAAUUGUAAAAAAUUGAGUGGACUAAACAUAGAAAUAGAAAAUUCAGGAGGUACAACAAUUCACCAAUCUAUUGAUAUUCGUUGGAUAUCAAUCAUUGAAUCAUUAGAAUCAAUAUUAAAGUCAUUUAAAAUUGUCAAAAAGAUUUUAAUUUCCAAGCAACAAAGUAAAUUUAUCAUGCACGUACACGAAAAAACAAUUAAACAAAUAUUACUAUUAUUAAGACCAUUUAAACAGAUUAUUAAGUUAGCUCAAACAGGUAUAAAAUUUUUUUGGGACCGUAUACGAAAUUUAUUAAAUGAAAUGUUUGUUCUGGACAUCAGACAUUAUGCCGCCACAUUAUUACAUCCAAAAUACAGAUCAUUAAAAGCUUGUACUUUAACUGAACGUAACGAAUGUUAUGCUUAUGUACGACAACAAAUGCAAUUGAUUUCAAUUGAAUCGAUCGCAGAAAAUGAACAACGAAAAAAUGAAUCAGUUGCUAAAAGAUUAAAAGUUGAUUUAUUUUCUCGAUUCGAAUCUGAUUAUUUUGAUGUUCAACAAGAAGUUGGACGUGAAUCCGGUAAUGAAAGUGAAGAAUAUUCUUUUGAUAUUAAGAAAAAGGACGAACUUGAUGUAUAUUUGAAUUUGGAGAUUGAUAAGACCAAGUUACCGAUAAAUCCAUUACUUUUUUGGAGAGAUCAACAAAAGAAAUUUCCUCGUUUAUCCCGGUUUGCCCGGUCCAUUUUUUCGAUACCAGCUACAUCUGCAGCUGCUGAAAGACAAUUUUCAGGAGCAGGAUUAACUAUUCAAGAGAGAAGAAGUAAUCUCAAUCCUGAACAACUAGAUAAUAUUUUACUAGUACGAUCUAUGCAAAAAUAUGAAGAUUUUUUUUAA